AUGAAGAUUUACGGAAAUCUUGAAGUAAUUAAAUACUUGUAUGAAUUAGGGUAUAAAGGUACAGAAAAUACAUUUGAUUCUGCUAUUGAAAGCGGAAAUCUUGAAGUAAUUAAAUAUUUUCAUGAAUUGAGGUAUAAUGGUACGGAGUAUGCAUUUAAUUGUGCUUUUGAAAAAGCUGCAGAAAAUGGAAAUCUUGAAAUGUUAAAAUAUUUACAUUCUAUUGGAUAUAAAGCAACAGAAUGGGAAAUUACUCGUGCUGCAGAAAAAAAUGGCCAUCUUGAAGUAUAUUAUUAUGAAGAAUUAGCAAUUAAUUAUGCUACUGAAAAUUAUGACUUUGAAUUAGAGCAACAAUUAUAUAAAUUUAAGUAUAAAUAUGAAAAAUGUGCAAUUAGUUCUGCUACUAUAAACGGGUAUGAAUGUUACGAUUGGACAAUUGAUGAUGUUGCUAAAAAUGGUCACCUUGAAAUAUUAAAAUAUUUACAUGAAUUAGGAUAUAAAGGGUAUAAAGGAACAAAAGAUGCAAUAGAUAAAGCUGCUGAAAAUGGUUAUCUUGAAAUAUUAAAAUAUUUGUAUGAAUUUGGGUAUAAAUGUGACAAAUGUGUAUUUUAUUCUGCUGCAGAAAAUGGUCACCUUGAAAUCUUAUAUUUUGAUGCAUAA